CCGGGCUUGGCGGAGUCCUCCACUGCGUGAGGGAAGGGUCAUCUCGUUGGUCCUACACGGGUGCCGCUCCGCGCGGCGCCUCGGCGGGCACCGGAAGCGAGCGGCGGCGGCGGUCGCUAUGGAGGCGGUGGCGGCCCGUGUGCGGCUGUGGGUGAAGAUGGAGCCGUUCCUGGUGGGGGCCCUGCCCGUCCCACCGCCCACCCGCCUCGGGCCCCACUACCUGCGGAAGAUGGUGGCCUACGCCCGGGCGCGGGCGGCCGAGGGCUACUUCCCGCGGCUGUCGUGGCCCUGCUGGCGGCACGUCGCCUGCGGGAAGCUGCAGCUGAGCCGCGGCCUGGCCUGGCUCUACUUCGAGCUCUUCCGCAGCCUCCUGCGGCACGACCCGCCGCGCAGCCUCGAGUGGGCCGAGGCCGAGGCGGCCUGCGCCAGCGCCGAGGAGCUCGAGCGGGAGCGGAGCAAGCUGUCCGUAGACACCCUGCAGUUUCUGCUGUUCCUGUACCUCCAGCAGGUGAACAAGGUCUCUCUGCGAAGGUCUCUGAUCGGGGAGGAGUGGCCCAGCCCCAGGACCAAGUCUCCCAGCCUGACUGGAAAAUCGGCCAGCGAGAAUAAGAACUGGAACGAUCAGGACCACCGUGCCUUUGUGCAGAGCCACCUCUUGGAUAUGCUGGAACUGCUGCUGGAGCCAGAGCAGCUCACUGCCACCUCCCAUUCCACCCACAGUAGCUUGGUGUCCUAUGAAGCCGUCUGUGCUCUCAGCUUUCUUAUUGAAGGGACCGUGAACAAAUCCAAGACAGUCCAUCCUUUGCAUGAGCUUGCCCUCUGGCAGCCCUGUCACGGGCAGAACGGCUACUCGAAGGUUUCCAGAGCCUUCUCUUUCCCCAAGCUAGAGAGCUGGCUGAGGUCUUGCCUGACGACAAACCCUUUUGGAAUGAAUGCUUGCCUCAAGUCCGGGAAGAAACUCGCGUGGGCACAGCAAGUUGAAGGAACAACCAGGAGAGCAAAGAUUGCCUGCAAUACUCGUGUGGUGCCAGAGGUGUUCCCCAUGGUGAUAAUGAGCCAGGUGUACAAGCAGACACUGGCCAAGAGCUCGGACACCCUCGUGGGGGCUCAUGUAAGGAUUCAUCGCUGCAACGAGUCCUUCAUUUACCUCCUCUCCCCUCUCCGAUCUGUGACCAUUGAGAAGUGCCGGAAUAGCACUUUUGUCCUUGGCCCUGUGCAGGCGUCUGUUCAUGUCCACAGCUGUGACAAUGUCAAGGUCAUUGUGGUUUGCCAUCGUUUGUCCCUUUCUUCCACCACUGGCUGUACUUUUUACAUUCUCACACCUACCCAGCCUCUCAUCCUCCCAGGGAACCAAGCAGUCAGCUUUGCCCCUUUCCACACCCAUUAUCCGAUGCUUGAAGACCACAUGGCUCAAGUGGGCUUGGCCACUCUGCCAAACUACUGGGACAGUCCCAUGCUGGUGUGCAAGGAGAGCGGUGACAUGAGUGUCUUCCGCCUCCUGCCCCCCUCGGACUUCUACACCUUCGUAAUUCCUUUUGAGAUGGAAGGAGACACCACGGAGACGCCGGGUGGGCUUCCCCCUGCCUAUCAGAAGGCGCUGAGUCAGCGAGAGCAGAAGAUACAGAUCUGGCAGAAAACUGUGAAGGAGGCAGGCCUGACCAAGGAUCAGAGGAAACAGUUCCAGAUACUGGUAGAAAACAAAUUCUACGAAUGGCUGAUUGAGACAGGGAACCGUCAGCAGCUGGAUAGCCUUGUCCCUCCUGCCGUAGGCUCCAAGCAGGCAGCAGGAUAGAACAUUCCUGUGCAGCGGAAGGAAAGCAGGGUCUCGGAAUAUACACUGAAAACAGUUCUCAUUAGGACUUUGUGGCCAUCCUGCCUGAACACGCUCGAUGUGGAUCUGACCCCCAGCCUCGGUGUGGACUGGGCUGUCUGCUGCAGGAUUUCUGGUCACUGCUACUUUCCCAGGAAGAUGCUGUAACUAUGCUGUUGGUAACUGAGGAAGUGCAUGUCACUGGAGGAUGAUGAAGUGUGCCUUGUUGUGGAUCCUUCAGCAGGGAGGCUGUCGUCACGGUUAGUGUCCGUGGCGUGCAGGUGUCUGGCACAGGAGCCCUUCCCGUUGCAAAGCUGGAUGCAGGGCUCUGGGCAUCGUGUGUGUCUGUAUGGUACAAGGCAGCUGCACUACUUCUGUAAAUGUGAAAAAGAAAUGUUUGAUUUUUUUUUUUUUAAUGAAUGAAAUUCAAUGGAUUUUUUUUUUAUAUGAAGGUGGCACUUAAGCAAUGUGUUUUUAUGGAAUUAACUUUUACAUGUUUGCGUUGUUUUAACGAAUGUCAAUAAAACAAAAUUCUCAGAUAA